AUUGCCAUUCCAGUUACUCCCUUAUCCCUUCGACCAACAAGCGCGUCAAGAGUCCAGCAAAAAAACCAAAUAGGAUCCAGAUCGGCAAUGAAGCGGCGAUGAGACGAGCUACACAUAAUCUUAUUGAGAAACGAUAUCGGGACAACAUCAACAAAAAGUUUGCAGCUUUGGAGAAGGCAUUAGGUGAUAAGAAAUCUCCUCGUUCUUCACAGGAGACCGCGGCUCCACUAAAGAAAUCGAGCAUCUUGGCAAAGGCAGUUAUAUAUAUACAAGACCUGCAGGCUAAAAACAUCUCGCUGCAGGGAGAGCUAGAGAGUAUAAAGACAGUGCUGUGA